UAACUGCUAAGAAUUUGCAUGAGCUAGCAAUUCGCAUGAUUGCGAUCGAUCGAGGAUAUCGAGACCGGAGAGGAUUUCAGAGGGCGUGGUUGGCCGGGGUCGUGGUGUUCCGGCGAUGCAAGGGGAGAGAGACGACGAGGCGGCGGGUUGUUUUCCGGCGGGAGGCGGCAAAGGCAAGGCGCCGUCCCCGCCGCCGCCGCCGCCGAGCCACGAGUUCGACGGUGGGCACCGACGCGGGCUGAUCAGGCGGCGGCGGAGGUGGAGGCCUGUCCGCGGCGAGGUGUUCGCCGUCGGGUUCAUGGUGGCGGGCGCGGCUUACUUCCUUCUUGCCGAUGCUCUCGCCGUGGGCCGGGACCCGGCCGACGGCGGCGACCCUUCCGGCGGGUGGUUCUUCGCCGCCUACGUGCUCUGGAUCACGGGGCUGAACCUGUUGUACGUGCUGGAUUAUCUGAUGAACUGACGAUCGAGCACUCGCGCCGCAACGCCGGCCAACUCCGGCCGUCUGCUUCACAUACGGUAAGCCUUUUCGAUCGCCGGCAGCCGCUACCAAUUCCUCAACCAGCUACCGCAACCACAAUCCCAACUGGUGGACGUACGAUCGCACUUCCCAUCGGCGAUCGAUCGCCGCUUAAUUCCUUCCUCCACCAAAUUAACCUGACGGAUGAUCGAUCAGCCAGUACUCGCGACAGAUUGUUGCUCCCACCCUAGAUCUCAUCUAAAGUACUAGCUUUGUGGUUUACUCCGACCGAGUUAAUUAUCGAUCUAUACCCUGUCGACAUGCAUCUAUCUCCACCUCGAUCUCCUCAAGAAGAGAGAGAGAUCCAUCUACCCUCUCUGAUCUCUUGAUCAUUCAUUCUUGGAAGCAUUUCUACUGAAUAAUCUUGUGAUACGCAUGCAAUUUCGCGCUUGCGUGCGUUUCUCUCUACGACUAUAUCCAGCUAAUUGUCUGGAAGAUCUCUGCCCUCACGUGUAUAUGAAAAAUACAAAAGCUAGGAUCGAUUUGAUGGAAGAUUUAUCUCAAACACCACCACCACCAAGUCCCAGGAUGUGCAUGCGCUCGAUCUCUGUUUUUCUGUCAACCUAGAUAGCUUCAAGGUGAAGCAUCAAAGAGGACGAUGCUAUUAUAUUGUAAUCUGAAGACUAAUGUGUUGGCUUAAUUUGUAUAUAUCCAAGUGUACUACAGUACUACUACGUA